AUGGAGUUCCUGAGGGCUGGCCCUGGGGCAGAGUGCAUGGGCAUGUCAUUUAUUGGCCCCGUUUUAAUCAUUUGGCUCCAGGGUUUAAAAUCAGAUUGGGUAGCAGAGGUGGAGCGAGAGAAGCUGAUACAAGAGGAGCAGCUGCAGCAAUCACACUCGAAUAGGGAAAUGAUUCUCAACCCCAGUUCUUACAUGUCAUCACUUGAAAAAGUUUGUAAGACGAAGAAGGCAGCAACAAAAAGUGGAUCAGAAGCAUUGAGGUCCCGAGAUGCCUCGGUUACCUCCCUCCAGCGCCGUCUUACGUCACGCACCAAAAUACCUGCAGCCCUCACUUUCCAGGGCACUUGUGGCACUUCCAAAAACAAGGGUCAAAUUUCAGCACAACCUGAAAUUGAACAGGAAUUGACAAAGCAGUCAGGUGUGACCGGGCAAGAUGCUGAGCAUCAUAUUCCCAUCUCUUCUCAUCAUAACUUUGAGGGAUGUAAAGUGUCUGAGGAUGAUGCAAGAAAAACCAUCUUUUCAACAGGAACCUGGCAAAAUAAAUUUUGUUCCAAUAGCCAGAAUUUGAAGGCUUCCCCUAAAGUGAUGGUGACAGGCAGAUGCUCACCACAGUCUGGUCUUCAGUCUAGCUCUCAUGGUACCCCACAUACUCCCAAUGCAUCAAAGAGCAUGCAAGUGAUCAAGGUUAUAACCAGGACUGGAAUAUCUAACCAACAUAAUUCAUCCACAGUCAUUACAGUAUUACCAGUGGCACAAAAUUGCAAUCAGAGUUCAGCUCCACCAAACCUCAUUACUAAUGUUAAUGGUGGAUUUCAUCACAUGUCCACAGGGACCUACACCAAUGGGCAGAAGGUAGUUGGGUCAAAUGAUUCUGUGACUGAAAGAGUCGCUGUUUCUGACUCACGAGAAAGCAUGUGCAACCCUUACGCUGUUUAUACAGUGUCAAAUAAUCAUAUUGGCCAAAGAACUUUUGGAAGAGUAAGCUCUUCAAAAACUACCACUGCCUAUUCUUCAAAGAAUGGUAAAACAUUCUGUGAUAAUUCCCCUCCUAGCCACUCCUCUCAGCCUUCAGUUGUUGGGAUGGGCACCAACAUACCUUUGGGUCCUGUUCAGCAUCAACUAAACAUCAGUGCUGGUCAGAAAUCAUCUGAUGGUUGUGAUCAAAAUAGUUGGUGGCAACCAUCACCUGAUGCCUCUAGUACUGACAGUGAACUAGAAGAGAUUUUUGGCAAUUCCUUCAACUUUACUCGUCCCAAGAAUCUAGUUGGAGGAGUCGUUAGUCAUGAGAGAGAUGGCACCAACGAGCAUUUUGAAAAUAUAAAGAAGUUUACUCAGAAGAUUUUUCCCAAGCCAGUUUUUCUCAAGGAGAGUGAAAAACUUAAUAAUUUCUCUCCUGAAGAUAAGACGGUUCCUUCUUUGCUAGUUAAACCCAAAGACAAGCCUUUCAUAGUACCUGCUGGAACCUGUGAUAUGGAGCCUCUGUAUUAUAUAAAUAAUGCUUCAUCAACAUUAGAGCUAACCUCGCCCUCUCUUGCAGAGAACUCUCGUCCCUUUAAGCUGUACCAUUAUGAUCCCUUCACCAAGUUGCUCACUCCUGUAGAUACUUAUAAUGUUGCUCUUGACACUCAGUCACAGUGCCGGAAUGACUUCGUGGCUUACAAUACUAUGCCCGAGUACCUGAAACAUUCUGUGGCUUACGGUACCACACUUAAUAUUCUGCCACCUUGUUGGAAACACACUGUGGCUUACAGUACUGCACUUGAUACUCAGUGUCAGAAAGAUGCCUUGGCUUACUGUACUACACUUGCUAUGCUACCACAGUAUCAGAAAGACCCAGUAGCUUACAGUAUGGCACUUGAUACUCACCCCUGGUGCCCUAAGGUCUCUGUACCUUACAAUUCAUCAUAUGUGGGAAAUGAGCCUAAUGAAAAUUGCUGUGAUGAUGGUCCUCGAAUUGUAUUUGCAGGAACAGGUUUGAAAAGUUAUAUAGAUGAGUCAGCAUCAUGGCUGUUGCUUCCCAAGUGUUCCUCCAGCAAGGUGCACAUAACCCAUCACAGCUUACCAGAGCUUGCACCACCAAAUAGUUUGACACCUUGCUAGGCAUCCCAGUGUGUGUUUUGAGCAGUGAGUAACAAAAAAAUAAAAUCAGUAUACCCAACAAACAAAUAUUGGAUAACUGUGAUAUCACUUUAAAAUCUCUCUAUUACCAAGAAGACUUCACUAACAAAAAAAUGAGUCAAGGUUAAAAAAUGCAUAAUUUUAGAGAUUGAACUGUUGAGGUGGAAAUAAUAUUUAUUAUAGUACUACUAUUACCUCGCUCCAUUAUUUUAAUGAUUCAGACAGUAAACAUUUAAGCUCUUUUAACAUGCACUGUGCAUUAAUUGUUAAGAAAUAUUCUCCAUGGACCAGCUCAUUCAUGUAAUUUUCUUCAUUUGUACUGUAAUGGGCAGGAAUGUGGCAGUUCAACAUCACUGAUUGUCUUUUGGAAAGACAACUAGAGAAUGAGUGGUGGUGACUUACUUGUUUAGGUCACCCCUACCUUAGGAAAUAACUGAUGUUGAAAAAAUAUUCAGUUUUAGCAGAGUGGUGAUAUAGGUGUAUAAAGCUUCAUAAGAAGCAUAAAGAGAAUGACAAUUAAGAAUUAUACAUGUUUGCUAGAAGUGAUAGUGAUAAUGCUAAAGUGUUAAACUUGUUAGUGACUAACCUAUACAAGGUGGAAGGCUUGAGUAACCUAUACAAGGUUCAGGUGGAAGGUUUGAGUAACCUAUACAAGGUUCAGGUGGAAGGUUUGAGUAACCUAUACAAGGUUCAGGUGGAAGGCUUGAGUAACCUAUACAAGGUUCAGGUGGAAGGCUUGAGUAACCUAUACAAGGUUCAGGUGGAAGGCUUGAGUAACCUAUACAAGGUUCAGGUGGAAGGUUUGAGGAAAGCACAUCAUUAGAGAUAAGGGAUAGCAGAGAGUAUAACAGUUGAUGAAGGAAAUUGGUGUCGGUUAACCCUUUCAGGGUCGGUCCCAUAGUACAGUGGAACCUCAACUUAAGAGUUUAAUCCGUUCCAUGACCUAGCUCGUAAUUCAAUUUGCUCUUAUGUCAAAUCAAUUUUCCUCAUUUAAAUUAAUUGAAAAAUCCAUUAAUCUGUUUCAUCAGAAAUCCUGCUCUCGGGAGGCAGGACAAAAUACUUCAGUAUGAUGCUAAUAUCAACUCUAUGGCUUAUUUAUCUGUCACAGUUCAUCUAAUAUGACAUAAACAAUAUAAAUAACAUGGAUACAUGAUAUAUACUCUAGAAUGAAUAAAAUGUCAUUAUGUGGUGAGUGGUGGCGGCCAUUUGCCGCUCCCGCACUGACCAUGUCUUCCCAUUCUUCUUCUGAAAAUGGAGUGUUUGUAAGGCUAACUGCACUAGAUCACUAGUUUCAUAAGGAAAACACUGAAACAGUGUAUUUAUAAAUAAGAAAUAUUGUAUAAAAACAUAAUAGAGAAUGUAAAGAAAUAAACUGGUUUUAUAAAGUGUGCAUACAUACUUACCUGGGAGAAGAGAUGGAAGGUGGAAGAUAGGCAGAGCCACAUAUGUUGUCAGUGGCCCUCAACCCACACACCUCCAUCUCGCUUGUUUAUCUAUGAUUUCAUGCUUUAAUUCCAUGGACAUCAUCAUCAUUUUCUUCUCAGCACUGUCAUUUGCACUUUCUUACGACCCAUGGUUAGAGAUAAGAAAUUUGGUAAAAUAACUACAAAAUGCAAGCAAAACAUGAGAGAAAUGCUUCCUGGCAAGGUAAACAGUGCACUGAGUUGGCGGCAUUCUGAAGCUCCUCAUUAUUAUUAUUAUAAUGAUAAUGAUUAUUAUUAUUAUUAAUUUAGGGAACUGGAGCACAGAUCCAAUUCCCUAGAUCAAGAGCCCCUCACUCCCUAAAUUAAUAAUAAUAAUAAUAAUGAGGAGCUUCAGAAUAUCACCAACUCAGUGCACUGUUUACCUCUCCGUGGAAGCAUUUCUCUUGUGUUUUGCUUGCAUUUUGUAGAGUUAUUUUGCCAGAUUUCUUUUUUUAAACCAUGGGUCCUUAGAAAGUAAGUGCAGAGGACAGUGCUGAGAAAAAGAUGAUGAUGUCCAUGGAAUUAAAGUAUGAAAUCAUAGAUAAACACAAGCGAGGUGGAUGUGUGUGGGUUGAGAGGGAAGUGAGGGAAGCUCGCUCGUAACUUGGAUGUUGGCUCGUAACUCAGAGCAAAAAAAAUUGACCGAGCGACGGCUCGUAUCUCGAAAAACUCGCAUGUUGGGACACUCGUAAGUUGAGGUUCCACUGUACUACGGCUUUGAAGCCAGGAUCAGUCCUUUAGUUCUCCGCCAUGAGCUCGGCUCAUUCAUGCAAGCUGUAAGUGGUAAAUUUGGGCCUAGAGAUAAAAUGGAUCUAUGUGGUAAGUGCACCAUAUAUAAAAAAUCCUGCAACAAACAUUGCAUAAUGAGGGGGGACUGCAACCGUGUUUUUGGUUUAAAACUGCGACUUUACAGUGUAUUUUCGUAUGGUUUCUUGGUCUCGUUUGGUAGAAUGGAAGAUAAAUUACAGAAAUAGAUAUGAUUUUGAUUGGUUUCAGGACUGAAAGUAGCUUGAAAUGAGCUCAAGAUAUCAGAAAUGUUCGACUUUUGCUGGUAUUCCAGAGUACACAAAUGAUGUCACUCGUACAAUACCCCUCCAACUGGCCAGUCUAAUGUGCAUUUAGGAAUGCACUGACAUUUUUUAUACAGUUAUUACAAUACUGCAGUAGUAUGCAUAUCGGUAAAUUUGCUAUUUUGUGUGAAUAAAAAUUCAAAAUGUAAAGAAAGCGUAAUAUAAAAAGAGGCCUAGGGACAUAACUAGUGAACAGAAGAAAUGAUUUUUUAGUGCCAGGAAUGUCUGCAGAGUUUAUUCUGGACCCUAUUUUUAAAUUGGCAAUUUUUUUAUUUUGUGUGAAAUUGGCCAAAUUACCAAUUUCUGAUAACUUUAUUGGGUAGUUGAAAUAGGUAAAUGGAAAGUUUUCCAUUAAAUUUUGUACUUUUGAUUUCAUUACCUUCAGAAAGAUUCUUUGUCAUUUAUUUAUUUUUUUAAUUCUUUGACGCCGAGGACAAGUUUGAAAUCAGGGGUCUAGACCCUGAAAGGGUGAAAACAGUUUGGAGCAUGUUUGUAUGAAAGGUGGGACUGUCGAGAGAGAGAAUGGACAAAGUAGUACAAUGCAAAGAUCGAUAACAAGUGUUUGAAUACGGUGUCAGGAACAGUAUGCCAUCUGUUUGCAGGAUUAUUAUUCACAAGAAAUAUGCUGAAGUGUUAGCAGGAAUUUAUUGAUCAUAACCCAUCACUAGUGUAUUCAUUGUGAGCAUUUCAUGUUAUGCUUGAAGAGCAGCUGGAUCUAUGAAGAAUAUUUUAGUAAAUGCAGAUGCUAAGUCAGUGUAAAAAAAAAAAUUGGAAAGGAAAUAUUAUAUCAAGAAAUAAACAGGAAAGUAAAGAUGAGUAGUUGACAGUUCAUAUGGCAGUUUUCCUGAAAAUGGUGUAAUAAAAAAAUUUAAAAUGAACUAAGAAAACCAUGGUAAUCUCUGCUGCUGUAAGUGCCAGGAUGGGACCUCCAGAAUUGACUGAGCAAGGUUUAACAGAAACAUCUCUUUAGACAAGAGCACUAAUUGUGCAAUCAUCUUUCAGAUAAUACAAUAAUGGUGGUAGGUGAACUAACAGAAACACUGGGAAUUGUAUACCUUCUGUUGCCAAUCCUGAAUCUGCAGUGCUAAGAAGGUUGUUUCCAUUCAUUGGAGUAACUUUACUAUCAGCAGAAGUUUCACUAGAACAGGGCCCAUAGAGAUUCCUUUUCCUUCUGGCUAGAGGUUGGAUCUUGCACAAGGGUACAUACUGUAUUCCUACAAAGCAGAGGGAGGGGUAUAGGGUAUUUAGAUUUUAUCCAAGGAAAGGGGUAAAAUUUAAAGGAAUUUAUCGAGAGUCCAUUUGUUGCAAGAAGGAACAUCCCCCUUGAAAGGUACUCUAGUCUCUGCCCAUAUCUAGUUGAGCAAGGGCUGCCUAUUUUUUUUUAUGGGAAUGUAGAAUGUAAUUUUAUUCUUUUCAGAGGAUCAAAUAUAUAGUGUAAGGAAUUAAAGUUUAUCAUUUGCAAUUCAACACUUUACUUGUAUAGUUAUUUUUUUUUUGGCAGGACAUAAAAUUAAAAUGCAAAUUAUUUUUGCUAUUAUUAAUUUAUUAUUUUUUACAUCAUUUACACAUUGUUAUAAAUAAAAACUUUAGCACUGGAAUACUAGAACCGUGCUCACACGUAAUAUACAAACUUUACACACGUACAUACAUACAUACAUACAUACAACCCUCAAGAGACCUAUGAAAGUGUCAUGACCAUGGACUUCAAGUCUUGGGUAAUAAUACUUCAAUAGGAUAAUUUCCAGCACCUGGGUGGGAAAUGUCUUAUUGGCUCACUGAGGCUUAAAAUCAAUGGUCCUGUCACAAACGCACAACCGAUGAAAUGGAGCAACUACAACUCUAGGCAUUGGGUUUCUUUUAGCUCCUCAUUUAGAUGGAAUUUUAACUGUAGGAGUUUAACUGACAUGCGCGCGCAUAUAUAUAUAUAUAUAUAUAUAUAUAUAUAUAUAUAUAUAUAUAUAUAUAUAUAUAUACACAUGUAUAUAUAUAUAUAUAUUAUACACACAUGUAUAUAUAUUAUACACACAUAUACUGUAUAUGUGAGGCAGGAAGCUGUUACCCAUCACUAGAGUGUAAAACGUGUCUCCCUUCGUCAAUAUGAAUAAACAAAGUUGAAAGACCACAUGGCUCAUGUACAUCUUCACAAGUGACCACAUUAUUGUUAUAAAUAAAAAAAUAAUGCAUGAAAAUAGAGUACUGUACUAUACAAUUUGUACACUUCCCUAUUUCGUAUCUAACUAGAAGUGGCAUUCUGUAUGAUAGUUUGUGCCAUUGGUUAAUAGCACAAACUAGAACCUGUUUGAAGUCUGUUUAAAAGAGAUCCUGGGUUUCUCAACUAAUUGUUGUAUGGGCUUUGCCAUUCAGUCUGAUUAAUCAUGUCAUAUUCCUGUAUUUCAAAGCUAACUGCUUUUUGCCUUUUCUAGGUUUUCAUCAAUUCAAAAUGUGUCAGGGAGGGGGAGACUGUAGUAGGCAUUCCUCAUGCUACUUAUGUUAUUCUAUUGUAAAUACUCUCAAAUUUUAUAUAAAAUUGUUUUCAUGACGCUGGCCUAGCAUAUUAGUAACUAGAAAUUUGAAGUUUCUGCAUUCAUUGCUUCAUAAAUUAUUACUGUAUACUCACAAAAUGAAAAAGGCUAUCCUUGAGGGGUCAUUCAGCACAACAUGAAGUAUAAUACACAAUAUGAAAUCAAUAUAAACCAAAUACUACCAGGUAGAUGAUAAAGAAUUGCAGAAAUGUGGUUAAUAAUAAUCCAAAUAAUUGCUUAACACUACUGUUCUAUUUUUUUUUUUAUGAAACUUGCUCUUAUAAACCUAAAGCAUUUCUCUCUCAGUUUUACUUCCCAAAGUGCAAUAAAACAGUAAAAGUUUAAAAAAAGUUUUCAAUAUUAAUAUAUAAAUCCCAGGUUAACCUACAGACUCUAGUCACGCUGAGGUAGACAAUGUGUGCAAAUCACAUGUGACAUGCUUACUGUAUUUACAUUUAAUACAUACCAUAAUAUAUUUGCUCUAAAUUCAAAUCAAUAUUAAUCUUCAACAUGACUACAGACCUAGUCGAGGCAGCAUGGUGGUACUUUUGGCUCAAAUAACUAGUCAGUUCUUACAAGAAUUGAGCAUUGAGCCCAUUAACCCUUAAACGGUCCAAACGGAUCGACGUUCAAAUUCGUAGUGCUACAAAAGUAGAUCUAUUUUUUACAUAUUUUCAAAUAUAACAAAAAAAAAUGUAGAUAAAAAUUUUUUACACGUUUUCAAAUGUAAAACAAAAAAAAAAAAGAAUCUACAUUUUUUUACAUACUUUCAGAUGUUGAAAAAACAUAUAUACGUUUGGACCAUUUAAGGGUUAAGGAAGAAUCCCAAUAUUUCACCUUACCACAAUUUCUUGUUCAAUUAUUAUUAUUAUUAUAAUCAAAAAGAAGCCCUAAGCCACAAGAUUUCUUGUUCAAGCUCACUCAUGUUUACUGUUACCUUCCAUGUGGUGCACAUUACAAACUUGGUAAAGUAAUUCUUUAAAAAUGUGAAAAAAAAAGCAGUUGAUAAAGUUUAAUGAAAUUUGCCAUUAUGCCUAGAAAAGUUUGAUGAACAAAAUGUUAAAUUGUAUCUGUACCAGAAAAUAAUGGUCACUUAUAAUGAUGUACACAUCUAAGAUUAACGUAAUAAUGGCUUUAACUAGCUUUUUUAAAAAUCAUGCAUAUACAUAUGUAUAUAAUAAUAUAUA